AUGUUAGCAACAUCCACCCGACCUGCCGUCGCAGGCCCAAAUGGAAAGGCUACCUACCACACCGUGACCGCGCUCAAGCGAUGGUCAUGCGACGACAAGGAUCUGCCUGCCGUGGCUGACAUCAAGUCAAUCCACAUCUAUGACUUCGACAAUACAUUAUUCGCGAGUCCUCUACCGAAUAAGCAGCUAUGGAACAGCGCCACGAUAGGCCAGCUUGGUGCGCCCGACAUGUUCCUCAACGGAGGCUGGUGGCACGAUGCGAGCAUCCUCGCGGCCACGGGCGAUGGACUCGAAAAGGAGGAACCUCGCGCAUGGAAGGGUUGGUGGAACGAAGAAAUUGUUACCCUGGUGGAAGCCUCCAUGGCCCAGAAAGACGCCCUCAGCGUGCUGCUCACCGGCAGGGGCGAGGGCAACUUCGGUGACCUCGUCAAGCGCAUUGCGCGGAGUAAGAAGCUCGACUUCGAUAUGGUCUGCUUGAAGCCUGCGACCGGUCCCGCGGGGCAAAAGUUCAGGAACACCAUGGAGUUCAAGCAAGAACUGCUGAAGGACAUUGUCUACACCUACAAGGAUGCAGAGUCGAUGAAGAUAUACGAGGACCGUGUCAAGCACACCAAGGGCUUUCGCGACUUCUUCUUCCAGUUCAACCAGGAUCUGAUGAACGCAAGGAGUCAGGCUUCGCGCAGACCAAUCAAUACAGACGUCAUACAAGUCGCUGAGAACGCCACGCAGCUCGAUCCUGUGGCAGAGAUUGCAGAGAUCCAGAAGUUGAUCAACGCACACAACCUACAGGUCAAGUCGGGCAGCGCACCGCCUGGCACACCACCCUAUCAGAUCAAGAAGACAGUCUUCUACACUGGCUAUAUGAUACCAUCCACCAUGACAGAGAAGCUGACCUCGCUCGUCUCGCUGCCCCAAGGCACUCCAAGGGACGACAUCAGGUUUCUCGCCAAUAGCAUACUGAUCACACCGAAACCGUGCCCCAAGAGCAUACUGGACAAGGUGGGGGGCAUUGGAGCCAAGGUCAAGUGGAAAGUAACUGGCAUCUCCUGCUUCGAGAACAAGCUAUGGGCAGCGAGAUGUGAGCCCGUACCCAAGACAGCCAAGUACUACUCCGAGAAUCCGACUCCGACGGUAGUGCUGGCCAUUCGUAAAAACGGACGGCCAGCAGAUGCCGCACGCAUUGUCAACUGGCAUCCCGUGCCUCAAGACCAAGCCUUCGAAUUCGAGAGCGUAGUAGGUGAGAAGCAAAUGCUACGGAUUGAAGAGGAGACCGCGAACGAGAGCGAGUAUGAGAGCUACUUUCCCAACAAGGCUCACCGCAGGGAGCGAAGGUCACAAGAACCGCACGACCGACAUAGUGACCACCGACCACAUCACGCACGAGGGAGGGACGACAAUCGCCCAUCUGGCUAUCGUGGUGGUAACCAAAAUCGGGGUCGUGGCAGGAACACUUCGUACGGGAAUAGGGGAGGGCCUCGUGGCGGGUACCGAGGGGAUCGCGGCGGCGGCGGCGGCGGCGGUCGAGGCCGUGGUCGCGGAGGAGGACCCUCGCAGUACAGAAGUCUGGAUGACGUCGACCACGGAUAUGGACAGCGGGGCCACGACAACAACCCGGACGCUUUCUACUAG